AUGGCACACUGGUGCCAGUAUUGCGAUCCCAACUACUAUGGUCUGGGGAUGUAUGAUAUAGAGAUAGCAGCUGAAGCAGAGGAAGGGAUAGCAGCCGCAGCCGCAGAAGAAGAAGCUGCAGGUGGCCACUUCCGUGAAGGAGCUAUAGGCCUCAUGGAAGACGUGAUUCAAGAGGGUAACCUCAACCUCGAGGGCGCUGUGAACCAGGCAGAUGAGGUUGACCAGGAGGCCGAUGGUAAUAACCAGGGGCUUGAGCAGGAGCAACAGCCUGGGCAGCAUGCAAAUGUGGCUGCUGCGGGUCCACACCCCCGUCGCAGGCGUUCACGAAUCCAAUACAAGUUCUCGCAGUCACAGGUGCAGGAACUAGAGAAUGUUUUCCAAGAAACUCAAUACCCUGAUAUGGCCACCAGAAGAGAACUUGCAAGAUGCAUGAAUGUGAGUGAAGCCAGAGUGCAG